AUGCCACACUCUUUAUUAGCAAUUAAGCAGAAGUGCACUGGCUGCAAUCAACUCAUUCAAGAUAAAUUUCUAUUAAAAGUAGCCGACGAUUUAUGGCAUGAAGAUUGCCUAAGAUGUUAUAAAUGUACUCAGCCGUUGUCUAAAAGUUGUUAUAUCAAGGAUCACAAGUUAUACUGUAAAGAAGACUACGAUAAACGAUUUGGACGUAAAUGUCAAGGUUGCAAUCUUGGUAUCUUACCGGAUGAGAUGGUUUACCGACUUCAUGGCUCUUGCUAUCAUAUUAACUGCCUCCUUUGUAUAGUAUGUAGUAGACAAUUUAAAGUAGGCGAUAAAUAUUACAUUUCGGAUGAAGGUAAACCAAUUUGUAAAGAAGAUUAUGAUGUCGCCAUAAUGUAUUUUCAGCUACAUCAUCCCAAUCUUAAACGACCUCGAACAUCUAUAACACAACAGCAGUUAAAAAUGCUUAAUUCGGUCUAUCGAAUUAAACCGAGACCAAGUAGAAUUACCAGAGAAAUGAUUGCUACCAAGGUUGGUUUAGAUUUAAGGGUCGUCCAAGUUUGGUUUCAGAAUAAACGUGCUAAAGAUAAGAGAUCAAUUACUUCAGCCCAUUCAAUCAUAACUGAAUAA